GUGCCCCUCGCGCUGCUGAAAGGGAGAAGAAGCCUCUCUCCAGAGCUGUCUUUGUGCUGCCCUGGGUGGAAGCCACAGAAGCAAACAAUUUUAGGUACACGUGUGACAUUUGCGGGAAAAAAUACAAAUAUUAUAGCUGCUUCCAAGAGCACAGAGACCUGCAUGCCGUGGAUGUUUUUAGUGUGGAAGGGGCCCCAGAAAACCGGGCAGACCCCUAUGACCAGGCCGUCAUAGCAGCAGAUGAAGUGAAGGAGGAGGAGCCAGAGCCGUUCCAGAAGAUUGGUCCAAAAACUGGCAAUUACACCUGUGAAUUCUGCGGCAAGCAGUACAAAUACUACACUCCCUACCAAGAGCACGUGGCGCUGCACGCGCCUAUUAAGUUCUCUCGAUCUCCACUCUUCGUGGCAGUGAAGACGCAGACGAGCCAAUCCAGCAAAAAAACACCGGCUUCCAUAAACCGAUGUUCCACCCUCCUGCACCGCACCCCGUCCGGCGUCCCACCGGCAUCCCAGUCCCAGAUGUUCCGCGCUCCAAAUUCUGGAUCCCCAGGAAGCAAGGCCAUCACAGCCACAUCAGCCAUGAACAGGAGAGUGGAAGGCAAAGCGCAAAACAACUUUGAAGAAACCAACAGCAAUUCUCAGAACUCCAGCGCUGUUCAUUCGGGGACAGAAAAACCUAAAGAAAAGAGAUGUAAGCAGAAUCCAUCAGCUGACAACGAGAACAAUAUUGCCUCUAGCCAGCCCCGAUCACCUCUAGCUGUUGUUGAAGAAAAGUGGAAACCACAGCUCCAAAGAAAUAACGCCAACAAUACAUCCGCGAGUGGUUCAGUAGGGAACAGCGCGAUCCCAGAGAAGGAGCGGCAGAACAUUGCCGAGAGGCUCCUGAGGGUGAUGUGCACUGACCUCGGGGCCCUGAGCGUGGUGAGCGGGAAGGAGUUCAUCAAGCUAGCGCAGACCCUGGUGGAUAGCGGAGCUCGCUAUGGUGCCUUCUCUGUCACCGAAAUCCUGGGCAAUUUCAACACGCUGGCUCUGAAGCAUUUGCCUCGGAUGUACAACCAAGUGAAGGUGAAAGUCACCUGCGCCCUGGGCAGCAACGCUUGCCUCGGCAUCGGUGUCACUUGCCACUCGCAGAGCAUCGGCCCCGAUUCCUGCUACAUCCUGACAGCGUAUCAGGUGGAAGGCAACCACAUCAAGAGUUACGUCCUAGGAAUUAAGGGCGUAGACAUUCGAGAUAACGGUGAUUUUAUCCACCACUGGGUGCAGAACGUGCUCUCGGAGUUUGUCAUGUCGGAGAUCAGGACGGUGUACGUCACGGACUGCAAAGUCAAUUCCUCUGCGUUCUCCAAGGCAGGCAUGUGCUUGCGGUGUUCGGCCUGUGCCUUGAACUCGGUAGUGCAGAGCGUGCUGAAUAAGCGAACGCUACAGGCUCGCAACAUGCACGAAGUGAUCGAGCUCCUGAAUGUCUGUGAAGAUCUGGCGGGAUCCACAGGCCUCUCGAAGGAGACCUUUGGCUCCCUGGAAGAGACCUCGCCCCCGCCUUGCUGGAACUCGGUCACCGACUCCCUCCUGCUCGUCCACGAGCGCUACGAGCAGAUCUGCGAGUUCUACAGCAGGGCCAAGAAGAUGAACCUCAUCCAAAACCUGAACAAGCACCUGCUCAGCAACCUGGCAGCCAUUCUGGCGCCGGUGAAGCAGGCGGUGAUCGAGUUGAGCAACGAGAGCCGGCCCACCUUGCAGCUGGUACUGCCCACCUACGUCAAACUGGAGAAACUCUUCACUUCCAAAGCUAACGACGCUGGCGUAGUCAGCAAACUCUGCCACCUCUUCUUGGAGGCGCUGAAGGAGAACUUCAAAGUUCACUCGGCGCACAAGGUAGCCAUGAUCUUAGACCCUCAGCAGAAGCUGCGGCCCGUCCCGCCGUACCAACACGAAGAGAUCAUUGGCAAGGUGUGCGAGUUGAUCAACGAGGUGAAGGAGUCCUGGGCAGAAGAAACAGAAUUUGAACCUUCAACCAAGAAGCCUCGGGCAGCAGGGGAAGCCACGACAGCUCAGGAAGAAGAUUGGUUUGGGAAAAAUGAAGUCUAUGAUUAUUUGCAAGAACCUCUCUUCCAGGCCACCCCUGACCUGUUUCAGUACUGGUCGUGUGUUACCCAAAAGCAUACAAAACUAGCCAAGCUAGCCUUUUGGCUCUUAGCAGUGCCUGCUGUUGGUGCCAGAAGCGAAUGUGUAAAUAUGUGUGAGCAGGCUCUCUUGAUCAAAAGGAGACGGCUACUCAGUCCAGAAGACAUGAACAAACUCAUGUUUUUGAAGUCCAACAUGCUUUAAGACUGUCUUUUAAUUAAAACAAAACUUUAAAACACUGUUCCAAACAAAGAAAAAAAAAAAAAAAGAAUUUUAAGUUCUAAACACUGUGGACCUCAUUAUGAAUGCCCCUGGAAACCAAGUGCUUUUUUAUAUAUAUAUAAAAAUAUAAAU